AUGUCUUCUCUUUCUUUGGAGGAUAAAACGACCAACAUUACAAGGAAAGGAAUUACAUCUAUUUAUACGAGCACAUGUAUCAGCGCAACUCUACCUGAAGCCAACGGAAUGCAGGAUCUGUUACAAAAAUAUUCUCAAAUUACAACACCAUUCCGGUAUACAGAAAACGUUCGUUACAAUGCUGAGCACCACAUUGAUAUUACGGGACCACCCACGCAUUCAUCUCCACGGCGACUGUGGCCUGAUAAAUAUAAACUGGCGAAAGACGAGUUUCAGCACAUGCUGGACCUCGGUAUAAUUAGACCUUCUUCGAGUCCUUACUCAUCUCCUCUUCAUAUGGUUCCAAAGCCGGACUCAGGAGCUUGGAGACCUUGUGGCGACUUCCGGAAGCUGAAUGCUACUACAAUUCCGGAUAAAUACCCCAUCCCGCACUUGCACGAUUUCGCAGUGGGUCUGCAGGGCGCCACAGUCUUCACCAAACUUGAUCUGGUGAAAGCAUUCCACCAGAUACCAGUGGCCAAGGAAGACAUCCAUAAAACAGCAAUAACUACUCCUUUUGGCUUAUACGAAUUUGGUAUUAGAGAUAUCCGGCAAGCUUGGAUAUUAUUGGAUUUAGAAGAUGUGUGUCCAUCAGUGCUCCGAAAAGGGUUGUUCACUACGGCCGCUGUCGACAACAUUGAUCACAAUCCCACGGCCACCACAGCUAGCACGUCAUUCCAUGGUACAAGUAUUUCCAUAUUCCAGCACCCAAGUAAGGAAAACAGAGGAGAACAGUGGGUUUCACCCGAAAUAACAGACAGUAGGGCAAGAAAGGUUCCUGAGCUUCCAGAGCAUUAUACAAACAUCGCGCCAGCCUACUUCAAGAAGAACCCAACCCCAGCCUCAGUAGAUGAAGUAUCACUGCCUGAACCCAGUCUCUUCCAAAGGAACAUAAGAGUCGAAUACGAAUGGUUGGAAAAAGUUCAAGGUACCACCGAUGUAGAUGAUGAAUCUAAUAUAACAUGGUCAGCUCAUCAUGCGAGCCAGAAACGGACUAGUGAAACCAGCAUCACUUCCUUGCUACCUCUUCUCCGAGAUCAAGCUCACAGCGUUGCCACAAUAAAGCAUGCCAUGAAGAAAGAAGCAAAGAGGCAAAGUCAUCACCAUGAGCAGUGGACAACUGCUCAGAAGGCAUUCUUUGAAAAGGUUCAGCGGCUUACAAGUGUGAUAGAAGAAAUGGGUAAUCCAUUUUCGAAGGAGUCCACUGAUCUACUGUCGCUUGACACUAAGGACAUUGCUGAUCCUACAGCAGCGCUGCUGGUUGCAUCUCAUCUGGAGAAAGGGAAAGAGCAAUUCCAAACAUUCAUGGAUAAACUCAAGACCGACAGUCAGCAUUUCUAUCAGCUAAUCAAUCGGAAUAAUAAAGACUUCUUCAAAACAAGCACAGAUCCAACAGAGAAAUCAGAAACACAGCUACUAAAGGAGGAUUGUCAACUGUUCUUCCGCCUUUUCAUCUCCUGCCAAAGCAGAGAGUGUGAUUUACCAGAGUUUUUCAAACACGAGAACCUAUCUUUCCCUCCGUCACUCAGCAAGCGAGGCAAACUACAUGUCGCUACCAAGUCUGAUCUCGUGGGCGUCCUGCAAACCAAGGUGGAGCUUCCAGACACGAAGCCAGAAACUGACGUAGUAGAUGGUGCAUUUCUAGUCAAUACAAUAACGCCUAGGAAACCGAAGACGUUUGAAGAAUGUACCAGACAGGAUAUUCUUCCUAAGGUGCAAUACUACAGUAGCAAUUACAAGAGGACAGAUAUCAUUUUUUAUGUCUAUCACGAAUCUAGUCUGAAGUCUGAAGCACGAUCAAAACGUGGGAAAGCUAUCAGGAGGAGAUUAACGACAAAGAGCAAAACACCGACUAAUUGGUGUCUAAGGGACAGCGCCAACAAAACAGAACUGUUGAAUUUCCUUGCUGACGAAGUGGGUAAAAUGAUCACAACGAAUGAAGUAAUUGUAACACGAGAGGAAAAUGCCCUACCAAGUUCCAGCCACCCUGAUACUAAGAUAGACGAAUUGGAUCCUUGCACACAUGAAGAGGCAGAUACCCGGAUAUAUUUGCAUGCCUGGAAUGCAGCGAAGGAUGGACACAAGUCUCUCAUGAUUGAAGCUAAUGCCACGGACAUUGUCAUCAUAGGGCAUGGAGAAAAUGUGGAUCGCCUAUGGCAAGGGGGAGCACACUCGAUGGAUCCCAAUACACGACCUUGCAUCUUCUUUGGACCGGAAAAAACCGAAGUGAUACUAUUCUUCCAUGUGUUUUCCGGAUGUGAUGUGGUAACUGAAUUCAAUGGCAAAGGGAAAAAAGCAUGGCAGACAUGGAAUGUUUGCAACGAUGCCUUGGCUACAUUUGCGAAACUCAGUCACUGUCCUCCUGAAAUUAAUGAGUCUGAUCUACAAGUUCUAGAGAGAUUUGUUGUUCUGAUGUACGACCGGUCAAGUGAUGCUACUACAGUAGAUGAAACAAAGUUAGAUUUCUUUGCCAGGAAGCAGAGGUCAUACGAAUUAAUCCCGCCAACACAAGGAGCGCUAAAGGAACAUGCCAAACGUGCUGCCAUCCAAGCAGGACAUAUCUGGGGACAGUCCGUCGUUCGUGAUCCAGAGCUUCCGUGUCCUUCCGUGUGGGGAUGGUUGAAAGACGUUUUUGAGCAAAACCAUAAAACGGAGGCCCGUUUGGCAACCAACUUGAAAAAUGGCUGCCAUGUUGAAUUUUUUUCGUGGCUAGCACAUUUUUUCUGA